AUGAAGUCUUUCGGUCUCUUCGGCACUCUAGUUGUCUCUGCCUUGCUUCCCGCAACUCAAGCAACCUGGUGUCAAUUCUUCUACGACAGCAGCUGUUCAAACAGCGCCAAUGGCAAGACCAACUUCGAUUGUGCCAACCACAAUGUCUUCGCAAGCGGUGGAGGCUUCGCCAAGUGUCAUGGCACAAAAGCAAGCAAGCAAUCAUGCUUGAUCCAUCGAUGUUCUGACGGGUCAUGUUCAAGAAGUGACACAUUCAACGUCGCUUCGGACAAUUCCUGUGUCAGUAUGGAAGGAGCGGGGCCAUACUAUCAAAUAUAUUUCGCCUAA